UUGCCAGACAAAACGCGGCGGCUCCAGGCGUAUUCAGAAAGGGACGUGGGAAGCGAAGACAAGAGGUGAAUAAACCAAGAAGACUGUCAAAAUCCAACGGACAUUCAAAUACGUCUUGGAAAUAUCAUCAUUCAUACCUCCAAUAUCAAUAUAAAACAAUAGCGAGGCUUCAUUCGUUAACUCUGCCAUAACCUGGUGCUGCUACAGAAAAAAAGCGAAACGGAAGACCAGACUACACCUUGCGUGGCCUGGAUCAUUUAUAGGGAUUGGAUUUCAGCCACUGACUGCAUUUUGCACACCACGUGUGUCAUUUAAUGUCUGUCCUUUUUGGGAUAUAAUAUCGUCUCAUUUUUUAGUCUCUUUUGCGCGUCCUAGUGCUUGAACCGGUAUCAGUCCAGCGCAUAAAGGCUGUAAUACUUCUGAAGCUAAAGACAAGAAGGCGGUCGUGAUAGUAAAGCGGGAGAGACUCUAAUCCAGUUUGAAUCAUGAGCCAGGCGGAUAUAUCAACUUGCUCCGCACCUCAGAGAGUGUUCCAAGAGGCCGUGAAGAAAGGCAACACAAAAGAACUCCAUUCAUUGCUACAAAACAUGACAAAUUGCGAAUUCAAUGUCAACUCAUUUGGGCCAGAGGGACAGACGGCGUUGCAUCAGUCGGUCAUUGACGGUAAUCUUGAGCUUGUUAAAUUGCUGGUGAAAUUCGGAGCCGAUAUUCGACUGGCCAACAGGGAAGGGUGGAGUGCUUUACACAUCGCUGCCUUUGGAGGACAUCAAGACAUCGUCUUAUACCUCAUCACCAAGGCAAAAUACUCCUCUGGCGCACGGUGAUGCGCCUCCCUGCUGUCAGCAAUGUGAGGUGGUGUGUGAGCAGGUGAUGUGGCCCUGGACGGAAGGUCACAGAAAGCCGUCACUUCCUUUUUCCUCUCCGGAUAUUCCCAGCAUUCUCCCGGCAGCUCCGCCAGCCGCAGCGGCAGAGAAUG